UCGGAAUUGAAUGGCUUGUCCUUGAAAUAAAUAGUGCAGACCAUGGAAAAACUUGGCUCUGCCUGCAAUAAUUAGAUGGAAGAUAAAUGUCAGUCUGUUGGAACAUGGGUGAGCCCAAAUUCAACUAAGCCCUUAAAUUUUAUCUGAAAAUGGAUUCUCCAAACGACAACUUGCCUGAGUGGUUGCAAGAACUAUCAAAGCAGUCUUCCGGAGUUAGGCCAGCUUCCUUCAAGUCACCUUUAAUGCCCAAAACCAAUGAAAGGCUGCGCAAAAAAAGAGCUGUUACAACUCCUGGUCGUUUCAGUUCCAUGCCAAGAUCGAACGAUAGGAAGACAGACCUUCUGAAACUACUUCUAGACAGCCAUAACGAUGGGAGUGACAUGGAAGAUGAUGAAGUCAAUAAUAUCAUGAGCCGAGAUCCUGAUGAAGAUGAUGAUGAUGAUGUUGAGUUUGGUUGGUCGAAACGAGUUCGAGAGACGUCUGCCCGUUAUGGGAGAAGAUCGGUGGCCUCUAAUUCCGUGCCCACAUCAAAUCAAAAUUCUCCUUGUAAACAACCGCUCGAGACUGUGGGUCAAGAUUUCUGUAGCUUGAAUCUGAAUUGCGAUGUCAAGAAGAUCAAGCAACCCGAUUUUUCAUUGUUUUCUCCACCUCCAAAUAUCAGCAAGCACUUACUAUCGCCAAAUGAAAAGUCGCUUGAAGAAUCCUGGAGCUCUCUAAGUUUUUUCAAUCGAAAACAAAGAGGUCGUCUUUCAAGAAGAAAAAAAGAACUGAAACCAACUGAUAUUGAAGCUAGCAGAACAUUAGCCGAGGAAUCAACUGAAUCUUCAAAUGAGGAGGCGGUAUCGGAGAACGAUUUCAUCAUACCAGAGCUGCCAAGUGGUCAAGAAUUAGUAAUUGAUAUAACCAGCACAUGGGGAGAUAAACACUAUUUGGGUCUCAAUGGAAUUGAAAUUUUCAAUUCCGAUGGAGAGCAAGUUAAAGUUCAAAAGAUUUCAGCAGAUCCAGCAGAUAUCAAUGUUUUACCCGAGUAUUGCAAAGACCCAAGAGUCGUGGGUAACCUACUGGAUGGAGUCAACAGAACACAUGAUGAUAUGCAUCUUUGGUUGACUCCGUACUCAGAAGGGGAGCAUCAUUAUGUAUAUAUAACAUUCUCACAAACUGAAACGAUAGCGUUAAUCAGAAUCUGGAAUUACAAUAAAUCACGUAUUCACUCAUACCGAGGAGCAAAAGAUAUGGUCAUCUUCCUAGAUGGUGUCAUGAUUUUUCAGGGCGAAAUUGCCAGAGCAUGUGGAGGAAUACUUGGCUCAGUGGAUGCAUUUGGAGAUACAAUACUUUUUACACUGGAUGAAGACAUAUUAGAAAAAAUAUCUCAGAACGAUUCUUCAUAUUCAAUUUUCUUUGAGGAAAAUACCUCUGCUUCCAUUAAUCAACUGCAUAUCACUAAAAGACCACUAACAGCUGACACUGCACAACAGGACGUCCGACCUUUGACCUCUGCUGAAGCAAUUCCAUUGGAAGUUGCAUCUGCAGAAACACCCGCUCACCAGUUGACAACUUUCGCAGAAUUGUCACCAGUCUCGCCAUUACCCUCUCCAACAACUUCAGAAAUUAAAGCAGCAAGCCCCUCUCUGACAGUUGAGCAGUUGCGCAUAGAUCUAAUUGAGAACUGGGGGCACUCGAUGACAAUCGGUCUAACAGGCAUCCAAGUUGUGUCGGAUGUGGGAAAGUUAGUUCCUGUCGAAAAGAUCACCUGCAAUCAACCGUCCUCUCAGAUUGAAAGGUUAAUUGAUGGAGAGCUCAUGACAACAAAUCCUGAUCAUAUGUGGUCUACAAACCACUCAGAACUAGCAAGAACUUUCAUUACUCUCCACUUCAAGGUUCCACAACAGGUCUCUGCUGUCAUCAUUUGGAAUUACAAUGCUUCUUCAGACUUAACUUUUUGCGGGGUCAAAUCAAUAUCAUUAUCGGUAGAUGGUUGUAUCUUGCCAAAUCGAGAGUGCAUUUAUCUGCGACGGGCUCCUGGAAACUGUCACUAUGUUUAUGGUCAAUGUAUACCAUUAGUAUUUAAUGUUGACUUAGACGCAGUCUCAGCUCAAGCUCCAUCUCCUUUUAUGUUAUCUCCAAGAAGCGUACUUGAUGAUGACUAUGAGGCAGUUCUGCCGCAAGGAUUUGUUUAUCAAUUUCUUUUGCUAUCAACAUGGGGUGACGAUUAUUAUAUCGGUCUAAAUGGUUUGCAACUAUAUGACAUCGAUGGUAGGAUGAUCCAGCUGAAUGAAGCAAAUGUGAGUGCAUAUCCACCUAGUGUCAAUAUUUUAGAAGGAGUUGAGAAUGAUGUACGCACAGCUGAUAAACUUAUCGAUGGCGUCAACGAUAAAUCUGAUGGUAGUCAUUCCUGGUUAGCCCCUGUACUUCCAGGAGAGUUGAAUCGAGUCUACAUCAUCUUCAGUGUUCCGAUCUCUAUUUCCAUGAUCAAAUUAUGGAACUAUCGGAAAACUCCUGCCAGAGGUGUGAAAGAAUUUGAGAUUCUUGUGGAUGACCUACUAAUCUAUAAUGGCGUCCUGGAUGUUUGGUCUAAUAAUAGUGCUGUCAAGCCGUUUCGCACCAUAGUUUUCAGCCCAAAUCAUCAAGUUACUAAUGAGGAAAAAUCCACUAUUUUAAAAGCAAAUGAUGCACGCUGUGAUGUACAACUGUUGAACGAUCUACGGGUGACCUCCAGUGGUUCUCAGGUGACCGCUGAUCAGUCUCAACGUCCUUUUACUUCCUUGAUUAUAUCGGCUCAAAACAAGGAUGUUAUGAAUUUGUGACGAAUUCCCUUUACCUUUCAGGUGUACAGUAAUGUUAAUGCUAUUGCCAAAAUUUUAGUGCCAGUUGCCUGUUGCCAACUUUAAUGUAGAUUUUAAGCAGAAAUGAAUGAAUGUGUGAUACGGAAAAGUAAAUAAAAUAAUUCAUUAGCCACAA